UCUUCCUUGGUAGUAGGACAGCCUGGUCCUGGUGAGGACAAACAGCCGCUCUUUGUAGUUCAGCGGUGAAAUCCUCUUCUUCUGCUGCGAACGUUUGAUCAGCGUCUCCACCAAUAGCAUCUCAGCACUCGUCGUGGACCCGCCCACGCCCCCAGACCAUUGGUGGAUGUCCUCGGAACAAGCGAGCUGGAGCUGAGCUGGGGUGAGAGCCACGAUGUUAAAUUCGCUCCAUCUUUGUCACUCAGCUUUUUCAAAGUUUCCCACUAACAGCGUUAUACUGGACCAACUGCUGAGAAAUCACAGCUGGCCUCAACGACCGGAGCUGAAGAACAGGAAGAGGACGAACUCAUGAUUCACUCAAAUCACUCCAUCCACUCCAUCUUCUGCUGCUGCUGUGCCCUGCAGACCAGGGAGAUCAGCACCCGCAUGGAGCUGGGGGGAAGCUCCUCGCUGUGUUUCCAGAGCAGACGGUACCCGGGACGCGCCUGCCAGGUCGACAGGUCGAGGAGGAAGCUCCCUCUUCCUCCUCCUGACAGCGAGGACGGUGAAGGCGAGGGGCUGCUGACGGUCGUCGCCAUGUAUGACUUCACCGCCAAGGAGGACACCGACCUCGCACUCAAACAGGGAGAGGAGUACACCAUCCUCCACAAACAGGACCAGCUGUGGUGGCGGGCGCAGGACAAAUACGGGAAUAAAGGCUUCAUCCCCAGUAACUACGUCACAGAGAAAAACAGAAUUGAGGCAAACCCGUGGUACUGCAAGAACAUCACCAGGACAGAAGCUGAGCAGCUGCUGAGGCAGGAGGGCAAAGAGGGGGGUUUUGUGGUGCGGGAGUCCAGUCGGAAAGGAGUCUACACCGUCUCUGUUUAUACCAAAACAUUAAGUGAUAAUGGAGAUAUUAGGCAUUACCAGAUCAAACUAAGUGACAGCGGUCAGUUCUUCUUGGCAGAGAAGUAUACCUUCACCUCCAUACCUGACCUCAUACACUACCAUGAACACAACGCAGCAGGUCUAGUGACCAGGCUGCGGUAUGCGGUCGGGCCAAUGGGAAGGUGUGUACCCGCCACAUCAGGAUUCAGCUCAGAGAAGUGGGAGAUCAACCCCAGUGAGCUGACCUUCAUGAAGGUGGUGGGCAGUGGCCAGUUCGGUGUAGUGAAGCUUGGCAAAUAUAGAGCUGACCACAGAGUGGCCAUCAAGGUCAUCAGGGAGGGAGCCAUGUAUGAGGAGGACUUCAUCGAGGAGGCCAAGGUCAUGAUGAGACUGUGUCACCCUAAACUGGUGCAGCUGUAUGGUGUUUGCUUGCAGCAGCGCCCCCUGUUGAUCGUGGCUGAGUUCAUGGAGAAUGGCUGCCUGUUGAAUUUCCUGCGGCAGAGGGGCAGGAGUCUGAUGGACUCUUGGCUUCUCUCCAUGUGCCAGGACAUCUGCGAGGGGAUGGAGUAUCUGGAGGCACAUAGUUUCAUCCACAGAGACCUGGCAGCCAGGAACUGUCUGGUUAAUGAGCACAAUGUGGUGAAGGUCAGUGACUUCGGAAUGACAAGGUACGUUCUAGACAACCAGUACACCAGUUCCAGUGGUGCUAAGUUCCCAGUGAAGUGGUCUCCUCCUGAAGUUCUCCACUACAGUAAAUACAGCAGCAAGUCUGACGUCUGGUCCUUUGGUGUGGUGAUGUGGGAAGUCUACUCACAGGGUCGGACUCCGUUUGAAAACCGUUCCAACUUGGAUGUGGUCAAUGACAUCACCAGAGGGAUCCGGCUGUACCGACCACACCGCGCCUCACAACCACUGUACGCCAUCAUGUACCGCUGCUGGCACGAGAGGCCUCAGGGUCGGCCACCUUUCUCUGAGCUGCUGGAGGAAAUCAGAAAACUGGCAGAAAACUCGGAUUAGCAAACACAGAUGACAUAUGUGCUGAUUUUAAAACUAUUUUUCACUGUUAUCCUGUUUUGUAAAUA